AUGUGAACCUACUCAAAAGUUUGAUUAAAAACUUUAUGAGAAGAUUGGCAUAAUUUGUAUCAUUAACAUUUAAAAACACUAGUUGAUCAAAUUUACUUGAUUUCCAUCCGCAGGUUUAGGAAAGCAGAUGAUUUUAUUCGAAUUUAAAACGAUGAUUUAUUCCGAGUGAACAAUCCAAACUUUUACUUUUAAAAUCUGAAUACUACUUACUCUUGCAUCCAUGACUAGAAAACCCGUAGUAGCCCUGCUGGCAGCGGUCGCAGUUUGUGCCCUCGACGCCGGCUUUGCAGAAGCACUGUCCCGUGUACAUAUCGCACUCCUGGUGGUCACUUCCAUUGGGAUCGCAGCUGCACUGAAUACAACCGGCACCGGAAUCCACAUUCCAGAAUCCCGUCUUGCACCGAUUACACUGGCGGCCCUCCACGUACGGCUUACAAACACACUGCCCACUGUGCUGGUUGCAGAUCCGCUUGACCGAACCUUGGAUGUGACAGUUGCAACCUGCGCGGGAGAGAACAAAACAGAGAAUGAGUUAGUCAAAAUGAUAGCAACACGAUAGUGAAACACAUUAAUCAAAUGUUGAAUCAUCAAGCACAAACGCAGUAGAGCGUACCGCAGACAGAAUAUUUUGAUCGCUGAUUAUUACUCACAACCCGGCGAGAACAGUCACUUCGCCGCACGAUAAGAAUGCCCAAAAGCACUAUAUUACUCGUGAAAAGCACAAUUUUGCGUUAUCUCGACAGCUAACAACCCCACGAGAGAACUCCAGGUGAGCUACUGGGGCAAACUCAGUGAAGGUACCUUGUCUAGCUGCAGAUAACAGCGUCUGUUGACAUUUGGAGCCGGCGCGAAAGAAGCUGCUUAAAUAAAGCAGCCGCAGUCAUCUUACCCAUCAGUAGCAACGGACGGAUAUCUAGGACAGGAAGGUGCCACAUCACUUUGUCAAGGCAUAAAAAUGAUACGUUACGUAGAAUGGUUCAAGGAAUCUCGGAAGAAUUUGGCUCAGAACACCACUUUGACGACAGGGAUGCUGACUCUGGUGGCCACCGGACUGAUGAUCGGUGCCACCAUAUUCAAUGUCGAUUCGCAGCACCAACCGUGGGAUACUGAGAUGCACUCGUUUUGGGCCCAUCUCAUUACAAUCACCUUCUACUGGGGGGCAGUUCACGGAACGCUCGCCGGUGGAUUUCUCGUCGAACGAUACGAAAAGAAAUGGAUUUCGCCGAUCUAUCUUUCGUUGGCCAUCGUGGGUAACAUCCUGGUAAUCGCCAUCCCCGACCACUGGGCAAGUGUUUCAUUUGGUCGUGCCCUGCUUGGCAUAGCGCACGGAAUUGUUUAUGUAGUGGUGAUUAUUCACGGUGGCGAAGUGUCCGUUAAAGAACGCCGCGGUUUCAAUAUUUCAGCCGUGAACUUGUGCGUGAUGAUCGGUAUUUUGACGUACGGAUUGUUUGGCCCAAUGGGUACCUACGGAUACGGAAUGCACCCGUUAAGACUCGUUGGAAUAUUAGGACUUAUUCUCUGCGUCAUGGCAAGUGCUUGUGUGUUUACUCUCACGCAAGAAUCGCCGCUAUUUUUGAUCCGAAAGGAGCGAGAUGCUGAUGCGAUAAAAAUGAUGAAAAUUUACCGAGGUGAAAGAACGGAAACGUUGGAGAUACGUGAGGAAUACGCUGCGUUUAAGUCGAUGCUGCAGGACGAGGAAGGAUUCACUAAAUCACUCAUAAAAGAUAAAAACUACCGUCCUUUUCUGCUACUGGGAUUUUGCAAAGAGGCGGCCGCGUAUUCAUUCAAUAUGGCGCUGAAUGUAGUUAGACUACACAUUCUGAACGAGCUGAUAGAUGACUUUAGAGUUUCUGCCGCAUUGAUUAUGGCGAUUCGACUGGUGAUGGGAGUUGCUGGCAUGUUUUACAUCGACAAAUUCGGCCGUAAAGCUCCAAUAGUUUGCUCUACGCUGGGCAGCGGUGCAAUACUCACGAUAAUGGGACUGUUGUACUUAGUAUCAGACCACGUUCCGCUGGGUGUUGCAGUAGCGGCGAUGCUUGCCUACGAAGUUAUGGCAUCCUCCGGACUCACCUUCGCUACAGACGUGUACAGUUCAGAAUCAGUCUACCCCAAGAAAAAGGCCAUGACGGUUGCACUCGGUAUUCAGAUGAAGGAAAGCAGCUCGCAUAUUAUGAUGCUUUCGGUAGCGUCUUCGUGGGAUUUGAGUACCGAUCUCUACCGUGGAAUCAUCAUGAUGCUGUGCGGCGUUCCCUUGUUGGUGUUUUCGGCAGUAUUCUACCGAUGGCUACCGGAAACAGCGAACCUAUCACUUCAGCAAUCUCAACGAAAGUUUUUGAAGCGCCGAAAGGAAUGGGAUAGCAUCAGUUUGAACGAAGAAAUUUAAAAUAAAAUAAGCUUCCAAUUGGAGCGAGUGUGUAAACAAAAAAGAAAAUAUCUCAAAAAUAUGCAAAUAUAAA